AUGGACACCUGCAUGCUCCGCGACCCGCUUGAGGCGAUAGGACCUUCGUGCGCAUCCAUUGUGCUCAGUUUCCUGGGUCCACAUGACCUAGCACGAAGCGGUGCAGUCAGCCGUAGCUGGCGGCAUUUCGCCCUCCUUGAUGAGCAGCUAUGGUGGCCGCACCUGGCGCAGCUUUGGGAAGGCAAGGUCUACGUGCCCACGAACCUGCGGGAGGUGGCCAAGACCAGUGCGCGUAGGGCCUACCUGGCUUCCCUACGGGAAUCCGACCGCCAAGUGCCCACAGAACAGGAGCUUUGCGCCUUUACCUGGGAGUUGCGGUUCAAGGCGAGGGAGGGGACGAAGGGAGGGAGGGAUAGGGAAGCGUCCGUGCCCUGGUUCGGUUCCGAGCUUGGACUGCUGAUACUACAUCGCUACUUUCACCCCAACCACACAGUCACUGGGCCGCCGGACGAUCCGCUGUGGGGUGACGUCGAGCCGCAGAGGCAUUAUUGGUACUUCCGACCCGGCCCGGAUGGAUCCACGGUACUGCAGGUGAACACCUACCCCUUCCUGGAAUGCCGUCGGACCCCUGACUGGUCUUGGGAGCUCCACAGCGCCGCGGUCAGGCUGGCCAUCGACGCUGCGGCCGGGCCCAACCCCGGCAUCCCACCCGGCCACCCCGCAGCCUCGGAGAGCUUGCCGCUGGAGCAGAUUGAGGCCAAAUUUACUGGGCUGCUUGCGUUUGCCUACUCAGGUCGGGAGUUAGACGACGAUGAUUAUGAUACGGAGGAUCCAGAAGAGGGAGGGAGGAAUGAUGAUGGUGAUGAUAAUGAGGAGGAGGAGGAGGAGGAGGGGGAGAAGUGCUUUGUUGAGGACCGGGCCAGGGAUGAGUCGUGA